UUGUCAGAGCUUCAAUAUCUCAAUCUCUACAACAACUUUCUUAAUGGGUCAAUUCCUUACCAGCUCACCAAUCUACCAAAGAUACGGAACUUAUCACUUGGAUAUAAUAAUUUGGAGAAUUCUGAGUGGUCUAAUUUUUCAAGCAUGCCUUCCUUAACCUACCUUGUUCUUUGUAAGAACCACUUUAAUUCAACAUUCCCAGGUUUCAUAUCAAAGUGUAGGAACUUGACCUUCCUUGACUUGUCUAAAAACAAUCUCAUAGGUCCAAUUCCAGUUUCUUUGUGGAACCUCAAAAACCUCAUCUUUUUUUAUGUAGAUAACAACCAACUAUCAGGAGAGUUGUCAGUUAAUAUUUCCAUGCUUAGUAACUUGGAGGACUUAGUUGUUUCUAACAAUAAUUUCACUGGUUCAAUUCCUUCAAAGAUUGGAAACUUGAAGAAACUCAAAAGAUUGGAUCUUUCUCGUAACCAUCUCAUAGGUCCAAUUCCAACUUCUCUAUGGAACCUCAAAAACCUCAUCCAUGUGUACCUUUUCAACAACAAUCUAGUUGGAAUCAUCCCACCAGCGAUUGGAAAUCUAGAAUUCCUCACAAAUUUUAUUGUCGGCACUAAUCAACUAUCAGGAGAGUUGCCGGUUAAUAUUUCCAGUCUUAGUAACUUGGAGAAGUUCUCUGUUAUUAGCAAUAAUUUCACUGGGCAAAUCCCUAGAGACUUUGGGAAGAAUAGUCCUAAUUUGAGCAUCGUUGUGUUUACAAACAACAGCUUCUUUGGAGAGUUUCCACAAGGUUUGUGUAGUGGGUUUAAUCUAGAAUAUUUGAGUGUAAAUAACAACAGCUUUACAGGGCCAUUGCCCGAGUGCUUGAGAAAUUGCACCAAAUUAAAAAGAGUAAGGUUUGAUGGGAAUCGAUUCACAGGCAACAUCACUAAUGCUUUUGGUGUUCACCCACAUCUUGAUUCCAUUUUCUUAAACAACAACCAAUUCAUCGGUCAUGUUUCAAGUAUGUGGGGACAAUGCCAAAAUCUCACCACAUUACAAAUGGGUCAUAAUAAAAUUGCUGGUAAGAUCCCAUCUGAACUUGGGAAUUUGAUGAAGUUGCAAGUUUUGAACUUGGAGUCCAACAAAUUGAAUGGGCCAAUCCCAAAUCAAUUGGUAAAUCUUAAACUUUUGUACCAGCUUAAUCUUAGCAAUAAUCAUUUAACAGAAGAAAUCCCUAUGAGUCUAUUAAACUUGAGUGGGCUACAGUAUCUUGAUUUGUCGACAAACAAUUUAGUAGGUAAGAUACCAGAUUGGCUUGGUAGCUUUGAAAAUUUACAUAGCUUAAACCUCAGCCACAAUGUUCUGUCAAGUGAAAUACCACCAGAGCUUGGAAAUUUGGGCUCCUUGCAUUAUGCAUUGGAUCUUAGCAGCAAUUUACUUGUUGGAGAAAUACCUUCAAGCCUGUCAAAGCUUACAAUGCUAGAAAUUCUCGACAUCUCUCGUAACCACCUCUCAGGUCCGAUCCCAACUGGACUUGUUUUCCAAAAUGCAUCAAAAUGUGUUUAUGAUGGAAAUCUUGGAUUGUGUGGAAAAGCUACAGGACUUAAGCCCUGCAGAAUGCAAAAAAACAAAGCUAGCAAUGGUAGUCACAUUUUAGUCUUUGGUCUUGUUUGUAGCCUAAUAUUGUUUGUUACUACCAUUGUAAUCAUUCUCAUAUUUUGUCAUGAAUCCAAAGUGAUGGAUAAGAGUAGAAAAGGUGCCAACAAUAAUGAAAUGAACAAGUCAUUCAUAUGGGAGAAGGAAGCAAAAUUCACAUUUGGAGAAAUUGUAGAGGCAACUGAAGACUUUGAUGACAAGUACUGUAUUGGGAAAGGAGGUUUUGGUACUGUUUACAAGGCCAUAUUGAGAUCACAUGAGCUAAUUUUGGCAGUUAAGCGGUUGCACGUGUCAGAUUCAAGUGAUAUUUUAGAAGUUAAUCGCAUCAGUUUUGAGAAUGAGAUUCAAACUCUAACCGAAGUCCGACAUCGGAACAUCAUAAAGCUUUAUGGGUUCAUUUCAAGAAAAAGUGAAAUGUACUUGGUGUAUCAAUAUGCAAAAAGAGGUAGUCUUUCUAAAGUAUUAUAUGGCUCAACAAAUCUUGAUUGGGAUUCAAGGGUGGAGAUAGUUCAAGGAUUGGCCCACGCAAUCUCAUACUUGCACCACGAUUGUUCUCCACCAAUUGUCCAUCGCGACGUGUCUUUGAACAAUGUACUACUUGGCUCAGAUUUUGUUCCCAUUCUAUCAGACUUUGGUAUAGCUCAAUUGUUGAUCCCUGACUCCUCCAUUUGGACAAAUGUAGCUGGAUCCUACGGUUAUAUGGCCCCAGAGCUUGCUUUGACCAUGCGUGUGACUGAAAAGUGUGAUGUGUAUAGUUUUGGAGUGGUAGCUUUAGAAAUUAUGAUGGGAAAGCAUCCAGGAGAAUUAUUGGAAUCUUUAUCAUCAUCUCAAUCGAAAAUAUCAUCAGAGAAUAUGCUACUGAAAGAUAUGUUAGAUCAACGGCUAUUACCUCCUACAGGUAGAUUACUAAUGGUUGUGGUGUUGGUGGUGAGCUUGGCAUUGUCAUGUACUAGAAGUAGACCAGAAUCACGACCCACUAUGCAUUUUGUGGCACAAGAACUAUCGACAAGGAGUCGAGCUUCCAUGAUCUCUGUGCCAUUGAGAACCAUUACUAUUGGGAAGCUUUCUACCCUUUACUAUCAGUAGUAGAAAUAAAUAAAUAUUUUUGAGAAGAAGAAGAAUAUGAAGAAUAUUUGCUCUUUAUUGCUUGUGAGUAAUAAUUAUAUGUAUAUGAUUGAAAUAAAAUAAUAAUAAUAAACAUCCAUAAUUUGAGAGUCAAGUACAUACUCGAUCUCUUACAUUACAUGUUCAAAUAAAGAUCGUUUCAAAAACCAUAACCAAUUGUAGUUUCAUAAGAAAAAAAUUACAAUAUACUCUUCUUUUUAAGCGAUACAAUAGGCAUCUUUACUAAUAAGUAAUGGGAAUCAAUAGUAAGGUAAUCAUUCUCUUACAUUUGUUUACUUGCAUUAUUAAAAUUAGGAAAGGGAAAAGUUGAAUAAAUUAGGGAGAACUUUCCCCACCAAUU